UAUCAUUUCGAGUUUACUAAGUUUGAAGUGCAGAAGUUUCAAAAAAUGUUCAAGAUUUUAUGCUUGCUCGCCGUCGUUGCUGCAGUUGCAGUAGCAAUGCCAAACGAUCGUGGCACGCCCGUUACCUCCCAAGACUCUCCGGCUCCGAAGGAGAUCGUUGAAGUCGAUGCAUCAGCGCCUGGAGACGAAGCAAGUAUCGUUGCAGAGGACGACAUGGAUAAGGCGGAAACGUUUGGCUUUGGAUACCGUAAAAUAAUUCAUGUAUAUCCUCGCUACUAUCACCACGGUUGGUACUACCCACGGUACUACCAUGGUUAUCACCAUUACUGGUAGUGGUCUGUCUCGAUCUACAACAAACAUCUGAAUAAAUGG